CACAGACAGCGCCACCCCCCACUCGCCCGUCUCGCACGCCCUCAGAAGCCCAGGCUUGCGGCGCAGCGCAGGGAAGGGAGGGCUUCCCGGCACACACCCCCCCACUGCGUCUCGAGCCCCCCCCCCCACCCCGGGCCCGCUGCACCUCCGGAGCCCCCCUUUACCCUCGAGAGGCACCCAGGAGUUGUCUCAGGAGGGGGCGGCCUUGGGAAAUUCCCCGGACCCCUGUGCCAGGAGGUGCCCGGUUCGCCCGCUCCCCACCCCACCCCCCGAGGGCGGUGCCCGGGGGCGCUGCCCCAUGGAGCGGGGAGGCGGGCGCCGUCUGCUCCCGGAGCCGUGACCCGAGUCGGAGCCGCGUGUCGCAGCCACCCCGACCCCCCCACAGCUGAUCAUGCGCCGCCGCCCCGGGCUUGCCAGUCCCACCGGACUGUGAGCCCCCCCCAUUCCCCACCCGUCGCGGCCCGCGCGCCAUGGGCAGCGCCCACCCUCGCCCCUGGCUGCGGCUCCGACCCCGGCCCCAGCCGCGGCCCGCGCUCUGGGCGCUCCUGUUCUUCCUUCUGCUGCUGGCUGCUGCCGUGCCCAGGUCAGCACCCAACGACAUCCUGGGCCUGCGCCUGCCCCCGGAACCCGUGCUCAACGCCAACACGGUGUGCCUGACGCUGCCCGGCCUGAGCCGGCGGCAGAUGGAGGUGUGCGUGCGCCACCCGGAUGUGGCUGCCUCGGCCAUCCAGGGCAUCCAGAUUGGCAUCCAUGAAUGCCAGCACCAGUUCCGGGACCAGCGCUGGAACUGCUCCAGUCUCGAGACGCGCAGCAAGAUCCCCUACGAGAAUCCCAUCUUCAGCAGAGGUUUCCGAGAGAGCGCCUUCGCCUACGCGAUCGCUGCAGCGGGUGUGGUGCACGCUGUGUCCAACGCAUGCGCCCUGGGCAAGCUGCGGGCCUGCGGCUGCGACGCUUCACGUCGCGGGGACGAGGAGGCCUUUCGACGGAAGCUGCACCGCCUGCAACUGGAUGCGCUGCAGCGUGGAAAGGGCCUGAGCCACGGGGUCCCUGAGCAUUCCUCCCUGCCCCCAGCCAGCCAGGGCCUGCAGGACUCUUGGGAGUGGGGCGGCUGCAGCCCGGACGUGGGCUUCGGAGAGCGCUUCUCUAAGGACUUUCUGGACUCCCGAGAGCCUCACAGAGACAUCCAUGCGCGCAUGAGGCUGCACAACAACCGGGUCGGCAGGCAGGCGGUGAUGGAGAACAUGCGGCGGAAGUGCAAGUGCCACGGCACGUCGGGCAGCUGUCAGCUCAAGACAUGCUGGCAAGUGACGCCCGAGUUUCGCGCCGUGGGGGCGCUGCUGCGGAACCGCUUCCACCGCGCCACGCUCAUCCGGCCGCACAACCGCAACGGCGGCCAGCUGGAGCCGGGUCCCGCGGGGGCGCCAUCGCCGGCUCCAGGCAGCCCCGGGCCACGCCGCCGGGCCAGCCCCGCCGACUUGGUCUACUUCGAGAAGUCGCCCGAUUUCUGCGAGCGCGAGCCGCGCCUGGACUCGGCGGGUACCGUGGGCCGCCUGUGCAACAAGAGCAGCGCGGGUCCCGACGGCUGCGGCAGCAUGUGCUGCGGCCGAGGCCACAACAUCCUGCGCCAGACGCGCAGCGAGCGCUGCCACUGCCGCUUCCACUGGUGCUGCUUCGUGGUCUGCGAGGAGUGCCGCGUCACCGAGUGGGUCAGCGUCUGCAAGUGAGC